AUGGAGCGAAAAUCCCGACGCGACGUGUGUGGCCCGCGCGCCAAGGAACGCUCCCGCUCGCGCGGUGGAGCCGCGCCGCCGCCGCCGUCGUCUAACAUUUCAGCCGCGUCGCCUAUGGCAGACCGGUCCAGGAGUGGCUCUCGCUCGCGUAGCGAUCGAGCCCCGGGACCGGGAGCCGAAGAUAGCGGUUUUAAAAGUGAUUUAAGUAAACAGCUCUCGUCGCGGUAUACGGCUGGCGUAUACCCCGUCGCAGCAGUCCCCCACAACCCCUCCCCUGCUGAGGAAAUAACUAUUGAUUAUCAUAUGUUGCGUACUGACCCCGAGGUCACCGGUGUAGUGAUUAAUGUUUGUGAUAGUGAUAACGAGGAACGAUCGAGUGCUAGCGGAAGCGAUUUAAGGUCGCAGCUCUCGUCGCGUCAUGCGGACGACGAGAGCGCCCUUGUCGCCACCCCGCACCGACCUCAAAUGCACCAAAUAAGUCAAAGCCUAGUAAGUACUGAUUUACAUACAUAUCAAAGUGAUAACCCUGCUCAUGGGCGCGACCCCGAAGAGUUGCUCGCGUACCUGGAAGGUGACCUGCGGCCAUCGCAGCCCAUAUCCGCGCGAGCCGGCUAUGAGAUGGAUGCGCUUUUUGUUGCGCAGACUCUCAUAGGCCGGUACGCUACGGACGGGCUCGCACGAGCUAUGUGCGAAUAUCUCGCGCAGACCCGCAGGCGCCUUUUAGAGCAGGGUAUACUAACGUCACCUUUAUCCAGUGACGAACAUAAUACGCUCGCCGAAGCUAGGCGAGCGCAUAAUUAUUCGUUACGCCGCCCGCCGCCGCCGGACUCUGAUGAGGACGCCGCCGGGACGGCACCCAAGCGUGUCUGUGCGCAGACGACGCCACCUAACAUAAAUACACAACAUAAUAUUAAUAUACAAGAUACGAUACCGCAACCGCAGGCACCGCGUCGUCGUCGCCUGGCGGAUGCGCCCAUGGGCAUGACGCCUACCAUGGCGCCCCCCACACCCCUCCAUGUGUCGGCUCUAACAACGCCGCAGGACACGGCGGCUUUGAACAUAGCGAUGAUCGCCUCGCCCAUGAGCAUGGCGCCUACCACGGUGCCCCUCGCACCCCCCCAUGUGACGGCUCAAACGAAGCCGCAGGACACGGCGGAUUCAAACAUAGCGAUUACAAACAUCAAUCUACGACGCGCAGUGGAGGCCCCCCGCUACGUUAGGAACGCCACCAUAGCGCGAGACUUGAGGAUGGAGUCCAUCGACGAGUUCGUCGCACGGCUCACCAAGGGGAUCGCCUCGGUGGGCCUCCCCCGGGGCCACCGGGGGUCUCACCCGGCGGAGCUUGACCGCGAGCCGCGCAGCUGCCCGAAAUCAACGAUCAAGACACCAGGGCCAAGACGACAAUACUCGUUGGCCCCAAACCACCGGAUUUGA